AACAAUGCAACUUUCGACGUUGAGCCGGGGGUCUCUUUGGAAACAGCCUCUCUACUUUCGAGUAGGGGCAAGGUCUGCGUACACACACCCUCCCCAGACCCUACUCUUGUGGGAUUUAACUGGGUUGUUGUUGUUGUUUUUACAACAAUCUUAAUGAAUUUCACCAUUUUUGGCUUUGGGGUGUGAUGGAAUAAAUCAAAAUGGAUCUCUAAACUAUCUGCGCUUCUUUAAUUAAUGAAGUAGCAGUUAGUCAAACAAUGCAACUUUCGACGUUGAGCCGGGGGUCUCUUUGGAAACAGCCUCUCUACUUUCGAGUAGGGGCAAGGUCUGCGUACACACACCCUCCCCAGACCCUACUCUUGUGGGAUUUAACUGGGUUGUUGUUGUUGUUUUUACAACAAUCUUAAAUAUGAAUGCAACUUUUUCUUUUCUUUUCUUUUUUGACAAAAAGUGUAUAAAACCGAUCUUUUUAUUGUGCGGGGGAAGUAUCUGAUAUUUUUUAGAUUUUCAGGUUGUUGAUGGAGUUCAUGGAAUGACAUUUACACACCAUAGUUCUGAGGCAUUGAUGAAGGCUUUCUCACUUCUGAUAUCUGAUGGAAAACUUACAAAACAUGCCCAUUCUAUUGCAUCUUCUAGUAGGCUGCUUGCGAAGAACAUGUUUGCAGUUGAAUGCAUUACAGGCUAUGCAAAUCUGAUAGAGAAUGUCUUCAAUUUCCCAUCAGACAUGGCACCUUCGGGCAAUACUUCUUUGUUUAAGCAACACAUUUGGGAAUGGUAUUAUUUUCACAAUGAUGAAAAUGCUAGUGAUAGGGAGGAUAGGGAUUCCAGUAAUCUGAAUGUUAUUUAUGAACUCGAGGAACACAUGGGCAAUCUCGUUUCUCUGAAGAAUGUGUCUGAUGACAAUAAUGAGUCUCUAGAAGUGGAUUCUCCAACUGACUUGGAUUGGGACAUUUUAACAGAAAUAGAGGGUUCUGAGGAAGCUGACAGAUUAGAAAUGGAAGAGAUGGCUGAAAGAAUGGAGAAACACAUUGGUGAGUGGGAUGUGAUAUAUCGGAAUGCUCGUAAAGCUGAGAAGCUGAGAUUUGAAACAAAUGAGAGGGAUGAGGGAGAGCUAGAAAGGACAGGGCAACCACUGUGCAUUUAUGAGAUUUACAAUGGAGCUGGAGCUUGGCCAUUUUUACACCAUGGCUCUCUGUACCGUGGAUUAAGCCUUUUGACGAAAGCACGAAGAUUGAAGUCUGAUGAUGUAGAUGCUGUUAGUCGCCUUCCGCUGCUGAAUGAGACAUAUUAUAGAGAUAUCCUUUGUGAGAUUGGAGGCGUAUUCUCAAUUGCAAAUGGAAUCGAUAAUAUUCAUAAGCGACCUUGGAUUGGAUUUCAGUCAUGGCGAGCCACUGGGAGGAAGGUCUCUUUAAGUAAAAGGGCAGAGCAGACUUUGGAAGAAGCAAUAAAUGGAAACACCAAAGGGGAUGUUAUAUAUUUUUGGGCACAUCUAGAUGUAGAUGCUGGGCUUGCAGGAAGGAAUAAUGCACUUACCUUUUGGUCCAUGUGUGACAUCUUGAAUGGAGGAAACUGCAGGAAUUCCUUCCAAGAUGCCUUUCGCAGAAUGUAUGGAUUACCAUCACACUUGGAAGUGCUUCCACCAAUGCCCCAAGAUGGUGGGCAUUGGUCUGCCCUGCACUCUUGGGUGAUGCCAACCUCUUCUUUUUUGGAGUUUGUAAUGUUCUCCAGGAUGUUUGUCGACUCGCUCAAUGCUUUGAAUGUAAAUUCGAGCAACACAUCAGAAUGUGUACUGGCAUCAUCGACACUUGAGAAGACUCACUGUUACUGCCGGAUUAUGGAAGUGGUAGUAAACGUAUGGGCAUACCACAGUGCUAGAAAGAUGGUGUAUGUAGACCCUGACUCAGGCCUGUUGGAAGAACACCACCCCGUUGAGAAACGAAGAGGGCUUAUGUGGGCAAAGUACUUCAACUCGACUUUACUAAAGAGUAUGGACGAAGACCUGGCGGAGGCGGCCGAUGACAACGACCACCCAUACGAGAAGUGGCUGUGGCCGCUAACGGGUGAGGUGUACUGGCAAGGGGUUUAUGAGAGGGAGAGGGAACACAGGUAUAGGCUAAAAAUGGACAAGAAGAGGAAGACGCGAGAGAAACUGUUUGACCGGAUGAAAUAUGGGUAUAAACAAAAGACUCUUGGGGGGAGAUGAUAGGUUCGUUGUUAUAUACGAAAGAGUAAAUUUCAUGAAUGGUCCCUAGUUACUGGUGGUUUUCCAUAUUUAGUCUUCAAUUAUAAGAAAUUACGUUUAUGGUCCUCAUUUUUUUUCAAAAUUUGAGGACUAAUUAUGGAAUAUCUUAUUAUUGGAGACUGAAUAUGGAAAACCGCUUAUAGUUAGAGACCAUUUAUGGAAUUUUACUCUACACAAAAGACAGAGAAAAUCACGAGUUUUGGCGGUUAUGUGGGCCCCGAACCAUCGGGGCCUGCUCAUUUUUGGUUCGCAAUUGUCGAAUGGUCCAUCAGGCCCGAUGGAUCGGCUUCGUUCGUUUUCUAACCACAUGACCAUUGGGUCGAGAUCGUAGGAUUGCCCGAGUUUUGAGGCGCGUCCAUCAGGGAACCAUUGCCACUUACUAAGUUCUUUUUUCUUCUUCACUUCCAGAUUGGGAAGUUUUGCACAUUCGAUUCUUUUAACAAUGUAAAUAUAUAAAUAUGCAAUAAUGGCGCUUCAGUUUU